GUUUACAAAGUACCUAUAUAUACUUCUGAAUAGUUCAAGCUACAGUUCGUAGACGAGAUGCGCAGGCAUCUCGUUAUGCGUCGUAAUGAGACUAUUCACGGACAUUUAAAAGAAGGAUUCCGGAGUUUGUUCAGGACUAUUAAACAUGUUACUUGUAUUUCAAUUUUCAUUAGUCUCACUUGAAAAAAUAGUGUUCUUAAAACCGAGUAUUCGUACGGGCCUGAGCUCUGUCCGGAUCUAACGCGAGGUUUGGUUAGGUCUCGUCUCAUCAAUGAUGCCGGUCUACAGAAGACUGAACGUACAGUUUCAUUUCGCUUUAUCUUGAAAUUGUUAAUUUUCCGUUGAAUUUUCAAUUCUGUAAUGUGGGAUUGUAUCCGUUUCGUAUCGAUCGAAAUGCGUAAGGGAAAUGUACGUGCAUUUGUUUUUUUUAUUAAACGGUACAAAAAUAUUAAAUUAAGAUCAUCGCAGAGUAUUUUUUACAGGGACGAAAUCAUUAUUAUAAGCUUUGAUAUUUAUACCUCGAAAUUUUAUAAUCGGUAUUCGGUAAUCUGAUUGAAUGGAUCUCUCAGAUGUACACGCAUGCGUACUGAGCGUUGCUUCUUGAAAAAUGCCGGAGUUCGACUCUGCAGAAAUCCUCCGUUAUUUCGCUUUUGAUAUCGAUUGAAAUAAAAAAUACUGGCGACACAUAAGAUAUUAAGCUGAAUUGAUACAGCGGGGAGCGUAUAUUUAGCAGUUGAUUUCCAUAGCAACAACGUCAUUGUGCUCCCGAGCUUGGAAUUAACAAAAUUAGUGAUCGUCUUUUCAUUUCUCCGUUUAUUCCGUUGUUUUUCCAUUUUCAUUUUUAUCUUCAUCGUUAGUCAUACUAUUAGCUAAUACUGAACAUUGAGGGUCCAAUAAAAAGAAGUUUCAAGAAUAAUGAGAGAAGAAUCAUAAUAUAUAAGAAAUAUUUAAUAUUUCUUUAUAAUACAAUCCUCAACAGAUGAAAUAUAUUAUUGGACAUUACUAUAUUCAUUAUUUUAUUUGUUUACAUGAACUUUGAUACCUGCCACUGAUAUAUCAUAUUCUGACCUGAACAAUAAGUGCUGAAAAAAGUGGACAAACAUGAGUAUUAGGGAAAGCAAACGUGACAUAUUUACUCUUCUGGGAAGCCGUAAAUACAUAGAUACCAGACUAAUCGAGCACCUGUUUAGAAUAGUUGAUAGAGCAGAUUAUUUUCCACCAUCACACAAAGCAAUGGCAUAUAGAAAUUGCCCUUGGGAAAAUGACUUUAUUCAUAUGUCUUCACAUGCUGUGUACUUCGAAGCAAUAUGUAGCCUUCGUUUGCAUCCAGGGCUGAGCUUCUUAAACAUUGGUUCAGGAACUGGUUAUCUGAGUACAAUUGCAGGACUUCUAUUGACUCAAAAUGGAAUAAAUCAUGGUAUUGAAUUGAACGAAAAUUGUUUAAAGUAUGCAUACGAAAGGUUGGAGCAAUUUAAGAAGAAGUCACUGGCUCUGGACGAAUUUAACUUGUGUGAGCCACAUUUUAUACAAGGAAAUUGUCUCAAUGUUAUUCCUGAUAGACAAUACGACAGAGUAUACUGUGGUGCAGGAUGUCCAGAAGCUCACGAAGCAUUCAUUAAACAGUUUGUAUGCAUUGGAGGAAUCCUUGUAAUGCCUUUUAAAGACUAUUUGAUACAAUACCAGAAGAUUGAUGAACAAACUUGGCUGGAAGAUAGAUUGCUACCAGUAUCAUUUACCCCAUUAGUUGUACCCACUCAUUCAGUAGAGCCUUACAUUCGAUUACCUCCCUUAAAUCCCCUCUCGUUAAUGGAGUUGUGUAAAGGAACCAUCAGACAGCGAUUAAUUGAAAACAACCGGCGUAACAACAGAUGGAACGUAGAAUUCCUGAAUCCAUCCACGCACGGGAACCCUCCCUUGCGCCAUUGGGAAACGCUUUUCAAAAUUCACAAGGACGGCGAGGAAUAUCGCAAUUACUACGAUAACAGAGACUCCAUCUCCAGCUGCAUGAAAGAAAAGAUACGUCGCCUACCGUUACCAUUCAAACUGAAAAUGUAGUAUAACACGAAAUCUCAAGUAUCUACACACAAAAUCGAUCGGCC